CCGAGCCCGGUGAGGUUCGAGCCGUGCACCCCUCCCCACCGUUCCGGCUGUGACAGCCGCUGCCCGCCCCGCCAUGCCUGCCCGCGGUCCCUCGGGGUCCCGCCGGCCGCUGCUGGCCCUGCUGGUGGCCCUGGGCUGGCUGCUGGCGCUGCAGCUGCUGCUGGACCUGCGGGCGCUGGGGCUGCUGUGCGGGGCGCUGGCCGUGCUGGGCGGCUGGCUGGGCCCCCCGGCCCUGCUUCCCCGCGGCCGCCGCCUGCGCCUGGAGCGCUUCGUCAGCUCCCUGCGGGCCCCGGCCGGCAGCCCUGCGGACGAGGCCCGCCUGGAGAAGGAGAUCGCCAGCACCGUCCGCAAGGUGGUGCGGGACUUCGUGGCCUCGUGGUACCGCACGGUGAGCAGAGAGCCGGCCUUCGAGGCCGAGGUGGAGAGGGCCAUGCUGGGGCUGGCCGCGGAGCUGCGGCGGCGGAUGAAGCGGGUGGACCGGCGAGCGCUGGCCCGCCGCCUGCUCCUGCUCUGCGGGCAGCACCUGCAGAGCUUCCUGCGGGCUCGGGAUGCCCUGAGGGCCGACCCCAAGGGCGGCCGGACGCUGUGGAAGGAGUACAGCCGGCUGGCAGGGCCGCACCCCGCGCUGCUGAGCCCCGCGGCCGAGGUGGGCUGUGCCCGCGCCGCCGUGGACGCGCUGCUGCGGGCACUGGUGCCCUGGCCGCACCUGGAGACACGGACGGGACGUUUCGUGGUGGUGGAGCUGGUGGCCUGCAACGUGCUGCUGCCGGCCAUCAGGAAGAUGUCCGAUCCCGACUGGAUCAACCUGCUGCUCAUUGGGGCGUUUUCCAAGAAGCCCCGGGGUGGGAAGCCGCACCCUGCACCCCCAGUGCCAGAUUCCUUGCCUUUCCCGGGACAGAUGGACGCAGCUCCCGCCGGGCUCUCCCCGUCCCCGAGGGCUGCCGAGGGGCUCAGGAGAGAGGCAGGAGCUGCUGGAGAGGAGGGACAGGAGGCGAGCAGGUCAUGCCAUGCAGAGGAACCCUUCUUGCGCCCCCAAGCCCUGGGAUCCCUCUUCCCCUGUGAGGGUUUGGAGCUGGAAUCCCCCGCACCUGACAUGGGGCAGGAUGUGGAGCUGCUGGCUCCUUCCCCUGCUGGAGAGCUCCUUGAUGAGCCCCUCCAGGACCCUUCUGUGCCAGAGGGAGCACCUGCCUCGGAGGAUGGCACAGGGGACCUGGACCACGCCCCUGGCCCCAGCUCAGAUGCUGGCCUGCUUCUCACCUCUGCUUUGAGCUCCUGCCCUGACAUCCAGAUCGAGCCAGCGGCUGAGAAGGAGGAGGAAAGCCCAGCUGUCCCAAGGAGGUUCUCCUCACAAAGACCCUCCAGCCUGGGGAGAGAUCUGGGGGCAGGAGAGGGCCCAGCACCGUUUCCCCCAGAGCCUGGGCAGAGCCUGCCCCUGCUGUCAUCCUCCCCAACAGCUUCCAUGAGCACCUUCAGCUUCGAGCCCCUGAGCAGCCCCGAGGGCCCGGUGGUCAUCCAGAACCUGCGGAUCACCGGGACCAUCACUGCCCGGGAGCACAGCGGGACUGGCUUCCACCCCUACACCCUCUACACCGUCAAGUAUGAGACAGCCCUGGAGGGCGAGGCGGCGGGCAGCCUGCAGCAGGUGGCUUAUCACACCGUGAACCGCCGCUACCGCGAGUUCCUCAACCUGCAGACGCGGCUGGAGGAGAAGCCGGAGCUCCGCAAGUUCCUGAAAAACAUCAAAGGACCAAAGAAACUGUUCCCUGAUCUGCCAUUUGGAAACAUGGACAGCGAUAAAGUGGAAGCCAGGAAAAGUCUGCUGGAAUCUUUCCUGAAGCAAUUGUGUGCAGUCCCUGAGAUUGCAAACAGUGAGGAGGUGCAGGAAUUCCUGGCCCUCAACACCGACGCCAGGAUCGCCUUUGUCAAGAAGCCCUUCGUUGUCUCCAGGAUAGACAAGAUUGUUGUCAAUGCCAUCGUGGACACCUUGAAGACGGCGUUCCCCAGGUCAGAGCCCCAGAGCCCCACGGAGGAUCUGAGUGAGUCAGAAGUGGAUGGGAAAUCCCAGACAGACGGGAAGAAAAGCAAGUCCAGGCUGAGGUUCUCAUCCAGUAAAAUCACUCCAGUGCUGAGUGUGAGUGAAGCUCAUGACAGGAUCGUCUACUCCAUCAGGGAGGGCAAUGCUGUCUCUGGCACUCUGUCUCUGGCUGCUAUGGAAUCCUUCAUCCAGAAGCAGGAGAAGCUGCUGGAAGCAGUCCCCAGCAAGGCUCCUGAAGGCCAGGGAGGCAGAGAAGCCAAGGAAAUCUCUGUGCAGGAAGAAAUGGAUGGGCUGAGCACAGCAGAGCAAGGAGGACAUCCAGACAGUGACUCUGACUCCGAGACAGCUUUGGCUGACCUGGCCCUGGACGUGCUUCGUCUGGUGCUGGUGGAUCACUGGGGCUGGCUGUGCACAGAGAACAUCCAGAAGGUUUUCAAUGUGCUCUUUGGGACCCUUGUUCAAAGGUGGCUGGAGGUGCAGAUGGUCACCCUGACCUGCACCCAGCGCUGGGUCCAGUACCUCCAGUUGCUGCAGGAAUCCAUCUGGCCUGGAGGAGUUCUACCAGCAGUGCCUAAACCCCCCAGGACAGAGGAGCAGAAGAAGGCAACAGCAGAGCAGGCCCUGCAGAGCCUGAUGGGGAUCUUGCCCAAUGUGAUCCAGGAAAUCCUUGGGACCAGGAAGUGUCAGAUGAGCUGGAACCUGGUGCUGGAGUCACUCAGCCAGCCUGUGAUCAACAGGCACCUGGUGUUCUGCCUCCUGGACAUUCUGCUGGACUUCUUGGUUCUGAAGAGCUCCAGCAAGGAGCCUGAGGCUGCAGCUGCCACACCAUGUGCCUGCAGUGGCACAGACAAAGGUGUCCCAGCACUUUAACCAGCCUGGUGGCCCAGCAGUGGAGGAGAGAAGCAGCCACAGGCAUGGAGUGUUGCAUUUUCAUCCUUUACUGAACGUGCCUGGGAGCUUCCUGUAAGGAAUUUCUCCAGCCAGUGCUAAAUGAAGCUGCUUCCAGGCUUCUCUGUGUCAGCUGGGUGGUGGAUCAAACCCAGAGGUGCUGUGCAGCAUCUGUUCCAUUGCUGACCUGAUGGGGAGCCUGCAGUGAACCAGCCUGACCAGCUGGAGAAGGAACCACAGACCUUUCUGAACACCUCUAACAUCUACAGGAGAUCUGCUUUUGUGGCUCCAGGGUCCGCCUGGCACUGAGGAGCUGGUGUGCUGGCAUCUGCUGCUGAAUGCUUCUGCAGGACAGGGAAGGGCUGCAGGGCUGUCCCUGCACUCUGAGCAGCCUGCUCUGCACCAGCUGUGUCACCAGGAGGGAAAUGGGGAGAGGAUGGAGUGUGGAGAAGUCGUGGAGAUGUCCUGAAGUUCAGCAUCCAACUGCCCAAACACCUGGGAUGUGAGAGCAGGGCCAGAGGUGCUGCCCUGCCUUAGGGACAGAGCUCAGCUGCUUCUCCCUGCUCUGGUUCUCAGUAGGUGCAGGCAGGCUGGGAUCCUGGCAAAGAGAGGGAGGAGUGCUGGCUUGGCUGGACUUUAGGACUUGUUUCUGUUGUGCUUUCUGAGUCACCUUUUAGUCCCUGGGACAGUCACCUGGAAGGCACAGGCCAAAGGAGCUGAGCCAUGUGGGACACAGCAAAUCAGCUCCCACACAAACCUGGCUGUCACAGGAAGCUCUGGGAGAGGAAUGAGGACCUUGAGCCCAGGGGAAUCCUGGAUGUGUGUCAGGGUUAGAGCUGGGAGCACUGCCUGAGCUCUGCUGUCCAUGGCUGUGUCACUGGGCUCUGCUCUGCUGUCCCUGCUGCUGCCACAGCUCCCUGCAGGGCUCUGGAAAGCUGCUCAGGUCAUGGAACAGGCACUUGGAGCUGCUUCUCCAGCCUGUCCAAGACUUGAGUGGUUUUGUGAGCACUUAAAGUUCUCAGCAGUCAGGUUCUGGGAGUACUGAGGGACUCAGAGUGUGCAGCCACAGCCCAGCUUGGUGACCAGUUUGGUGACCAGUUUGGUGACCUGCUUUGGUGACCAGCUUGCUGACCAGUUUGGUGACCAGUUUGGUGACCAGUUUGGUGACCAGUGUGGUGACCAGCUUGGUGACCAGUUUGGUGACCCAGUUUGCUGACCAGUGUGGUGACCAGCUUGGUGACCAGCUUGCUGACCAGUUUGGUGACCAGUGUGGUGACCAGUUUGGUGACCAGUUUGGUGGCCAGUUUGGUGACCAGCUGUAUUUUGCUGUAUUUUCUGUGAGAAGCAUUGACUGAGCAGUGCUGCCCUGGGCUGCUGAAGGUUCUCUGCAGGUCUAAGGAGGCUCCACACAGGAGCCAUGCAGGAUCCCAGGUGGUGUCUGUGCUGCAGGACCAGGUGGUUUCAUCCCACAGAACAUGGAAUUCCAGGCUGGAGGGGACUGCUGCAGUUUUUUGGAGCUGGAUGCUCCAUGGCAUGUUUGGAGGGAAGGCAGUGUAACUCCAGCAUGCCUGUCCUGCUCUUCCAAAGCUGCUAAAUUAUGGAUACACAACAGUGUGAGCUGCUCUGGGCUUCUCUUGUGUGAAAAUACAGAGAGGGAUCAUUUUGCUGCAAGCAAAAAGAUUUUCAGGGAGCUCUGAGGACAUCCCAAGACCAGGCAGAAUCCAGUGUCAUGAAGCAAAUCAAUUCUGCAUCACCACUGGAGCUAUUUCUCUUCAGAGAUGGUAGCUUGGCCACCUGCUUGGAGAAGAAAGGAGGUGUGAGUUAAGUGGUUUAAGAGAAGAUGAGGUGGAGAAUGCUUUGGGAUUAUCCCAAAUGGCCAAACAGGAGUUUGGGAAGCAGGACUCAGAUAAACCCUUAAAUAUCUGCUUGUCUUUCACUACCAGGCUCUGUUUCCCUCCUCUUCCUCCUGCUUCCAUUUCCACCCCAUCAGGAGGGGCACAGGGCACCCUGAGCCAGGGCUGAUGCAGCAGAGCCCUGGUGGCUUCCCAGAUGUUCCUGCUGUUCCUGUUUGCUGUUGUUUCCCAGUGAAUUUUGGGCUUUGGAGCUCCAGGACUGAGGUCUGUCAGUGAUUAGAGAGACUAUUGAGAGGCUUUGCUGAAGAGGAUCAUGGAGUGCAAAUUAUGCACUGCCAGCUCCAGGUUAGGGCAAAAGUCUGAAACAGUCCCUGCACACACUGGAUGUGGCACUGGGAGGAUGAGCUGACACUUGUCCUUUGCCAGGAAGCCCAAAUUCUCCCAGCUUUUAACCCCCAUCUCUGAAAUGAUGCAAAUGACUGAAUAUUCAGUCCUCCAGAUGGAAAUAAUCUGUGAUUUCUGCCAUCUUGGGAGCUUUGGGUGCUUUGCUGGGCUGGUGCAGCAAUGAUUUGGGGUUGUCCCAGCAGCACCAUCCCCCUCUGUGUUCAGAUACAAAGAGGCUGGACAGAGAGCCAGAAAGGAGAUUUAUUUAUUUAUUUGCACUCUCAAGGCAGAGUGAGGAACAGACCUAAAGAGUUUCAACUGCAAAAUGUUGUUUUACCCUGCAAAACCCCCUUUUUUGUCUCAGAUAUGAGGGGUUGGAUCCCUUUCUCCUGGCUGGGCUUGCAAUUCCCAUUUGUUCAGCCCUGCAGCUGAGGUGAAGAGCCCAGGAGCAAAGAGCCCCUCUCUGCAUCGUGUUGUUAAGGACUAAAACCAAUCCAAUAAAAAGCUCAGCUUUUUUUCUACUGAGA